UAGAGAAAACCCACGUCACUCUCGUAAGCAGAUCACGCCCCAUCACCACCAGCCACCCCACUACUGUCCAAAUCCAAACGAAAAACUAGUUGAAUCACGAAGCAAACAAACAUAAUCGAUUGUGACGUUGUGUGUUGGGGCAAGAUAGACCCGCGCAAUGCUCUAUAUGUAUAGUCACAACACACUCAUUUUACUUCCCUGUUCAUACCUGAGACCUGGUCGUCCUCGAGGGACGUUUACUCGUGCAUUUAACUAUCAAUAACACCUAGCGACCUGUUGACGUUAGUCGGUUCGUCAUUUCAUCGUGCUGGUUAUAACAGAAACUUCUUUGGGUUUGUUCAGACUAUUUAACACAUUCACUUAUAUUUAGUCUACUGUUUGCCUAUGUGAUGUAGAUACGAUUGUAGGUUUAUGUUUUGGAGUACCUAAUGGAUUCAAGGGUACGAACAUAGACGCAGACGACCUGACAGCGUGAUUAUAUACAAGCAGUCUAGUCAUGAAUUGACGAAUGUUGUUUACAUUUCCUGUGCAUUCGAUGGCGGAUGUGCGUGAAUUUGAACGAGGCAACUUGCUACAUAUUGAAUACGAAUCCAACAGUUUAACGGCAUGCCUGAACAGAGACGACAUGUUCUGUAUCCAUGGACGUACAGAAAGCACGCAUUGAACUUCUGAUGACUGAGAUCUAACAGCCAUGCAUGUUGAAAGGGCGUUUGUGAUCUGUCUACAUUUCUUCUUGGCUGUAUAUGGUGUCAAGACUGGAAAGAGAUGUGUAGAGGAUUUGCCGAAAAUCUUUACAGUACAGCUUCAGUGUCCUGCCGGUGAAUGGAUACAUGUCUCGCACGUGGUGUAUGGGGAUAGAGAUGCAGUGACAUGUCGUGUGAAAUCUGCUGAGUCGUGUAGUAAGAAACUCGACAGCAGCCAGUCUGGCCUGGUUGUCAACUGUAAUGGGAAACAUUCAUGUCAUGAAACCAUGCAUGUACAGACCAUCAACAACUGCAAUAUUACCGAUGCUGCUGCUGAAGUAAAGUACAACUGCAUCAAAGGUAGUAUGAACAUGCGAAGUCCAGUCACAACAACAGUAAACGGGUCGGUGUACCUCCAUUCUCCCGGCUUCCCUGACAGUGUCGGUGUGAACAGCAGCUGUGUUGUUAGGAUCACAGGGCAGACUUUACAAGUAACAUUGGUAGAGGAGCGGUUGAGGUCAGGGAUGCUUAACAUCUCAGGUGACGGGAGACAACUCUGGACAAACGUGAACGCGAACCAGUACAACAGGAUAUUAUCUGGACAAGCUGCCGAAAUAGUUAUAGUCUACAAUAACCAUGAUCAUGAUGGAUCAAACCUGUGGAUCAAAGUUGCCGAUUCAGGUCAAAUGAACAUAACGAUCAGCGGAGAAACAUUGAAUAUAUCAACUACACCUACGCCAACACAGCAGCCGUCACAGAGUACAUCUGAUCCAAGUACGCCGGAUACACAGUCUACAGGUAUUGUUGCAGCGUCUUUUACGACCCCUACGUCUACGCAUGGACAUACUACUAACUCGACAGGAAGUAAAGCAACACAGUCGUCUUCCAAAUCAACGACGAUGGUAUCAACAACAGUUUCAAUAACAGACACAGUGACAAUGAGAUCUAGAAGGACAUGUGCACAAACGGGUGACAUAACAGUAGAACUUCAGUGUUCUGUCAAUGAAAGGAUACAUGUAGAAAAGGAGUCGUAUGGGUACGGAGCCACAAACCCAUGUCGAUUGCAAAAUAACGGAUCGUGUAGAGAGGUCCUCCAGACCUCCAUUCAUGGCUUGGCCGUAAACUGCAAUGGAGAACAGACGUGUAACGAAACGGUGUCUCCAGUUGCCUGUAACAUUGCUGCAGCUGCUGCUGCCCAAGUACAUUAUAAGUGCAUCAAUGACAGUAUGGACAUCUGCGACUUUGACACUAUCAACGCAGCAGCAAACGAGUCUGUGUACCUUCACUCCCCAGGCUACCCAUACAGUGUUUGGUUGAAUAAAAGCUGCGUGGUGAGGAUCACUGGGAAAGGUAUCCAAGUGACACUGGUCGAGCAGAGUUUGAAUGGGGGAAACUUGACAAUUUCAAGCAAAAGUAAUAAACAGUGGUCAAAUGUGAACACAGAACUAUACAACAGAAAAUUGACAGUACAAUAUUCAGAAGUUGCAAUAUCUUACACUGACGGAGGCAAUAACAGAUCAAACGUGUGGAUAAGUGUACUUGGUUCAACUCCAGUGGAUGUAACGUUCAACGGAGGAAUGAUUACUCCAUCGGCGACUUCAACCUUAUUUGUUCCUAUGACUGAAAGAUCUUCGCCUCAACAUGACGUAACCAGUCAAAGGAUGUCGGUAACCCAAUCAGUAAUGCCAACAAGCACCCUCUCUACUGAAACGCAAACACUGUCAACUGCGUCAACAAGCGCCCUCUCUACUGACACGCAAACACUGUCAACUGUGUCAACAAGCUCCCUCUCUACUGACACGCAAACACUGUCAACUGUGUCAACAAGCGCCCACUUAACUACCAUGAUUACAGAUACGGUCCCAGUCACUACCACAGCCACGGUUGAGGUGACAUCGAAGACAGCAGGUAUUACAAUGACAAUUGCUCCCACCGCCACUUCUGUUGCAGAAAACUUGACAGAUGGAAUGGCAUCGAACGAAACAACGCAUAUUCCACGGACUCCAAAUGAAGAUUUAGUUGUCGUUGUUGCUUCUAUCGCUGCAUGUUGUGUGGUCUCUGUCAUAGUUGUCGUCGUAGUCGCAGUAGUUCUGUGCAGGUUUAAAAAUGAUAAAGCUAUCCGUUCUGCAACUUCACCUCACAACGGUGGCAUUGACAGACCUCUGGAGCUCAACUCUCACCACAAUAGGCCACCUGAUGGUUUACGAAAGCAUGAUGGCAGCCAACAUUAUUUCAUCAUAGAUCCAGCAUUUGUGCCUGGAAAUGUGUCCUUAAAUACAGACUCAACAGGCAAUGAAGGAACCAGGGCCCUCCGAGUACAGGACGGGUACUCUACAGUCUUGCCACGUACCUCCAGAUUAAACAUGAAUGAACACAACACAUUUACGAUCAAGCAUCCGAUAAGUACUCCGUCACCAGAUAGCCUGACUGGUUCAAAUGAAGAUGAAGAUGUCGAGGACACUGAAUCACCUGGAACAGGCGACCUGAAAGCUGACACUGAUCAACUUGAAUCGAUGGACAGUUUUCUGUUUGAUCGUAAAAACAGUACCAAAUCAACGUGUCAUAUGACCGAAAACGAUGUAUACAGUGGGGGACCACCUACUACAGAGAACCAUGAUGUCAGUACCGAUGACGGCAACCAGGAUGAAGAAAGCACGCCUGAAGAUGACUUGUAUCAUGAAGAAGAAGAUGUCAGUGGCGGUACAGUUGAAGGGAUGGUUGACAAUGAUAUGUAUGAGAGUUCUGGAUAUGACACUAAAGUUGUAGAGCAGAUUGGUGAAUGUGAGGAUGUUUCUAUUUCAGCUACCCAAGAUAUCAGUACAGCAGGAUCAGCCAAGGAGGAGGUUGACAUGAUGUCUAAUGACCUCUACCACAGUUUCGUGUAAACAUUGCUCGCUCAUUGCAGUUGAUUAUGCUUCCUUUCUGUGUAUGUCGAUUACAAUCCAGCCAUUGCUGAUGAGCUGGCAAACAUCUUAUGAUGUCAUAUAGAGUCGUCAGACAUUGCAUGUAAACGUAUUACAGUGGACUCUGUAUAAUCAGACAUCUGAAUUAUCCGACAAUCUGUGAAUUCCGACAUGUUUUUGAGGGUCCCGGCAGCGUUCGUCUAUAUUAUCAUCAUUUAAACAUUGAAUUAUCCGACGUCUGUACACAUUCCGAAUUCCGACACCAUGUUCUGGUCCCACUGUCACUAUUAAUCUGUACAAUCCGACAUCUUCUCCUCAUAUUGGACUUAAAUAGCCAAUCAACCUGUCAGUGGCCAGUAGACAACUAACAUCCUGUUACUGGUAAUCUCUUUGGUCCCAGGACUUGCUAAUUGGGAGGUAAUUAGCAGUGUGACAACGCCUGUACCUUUGUUUUUACAAGCUGAGUGGCCAAUGUGAGGACCUAGGUAUGUUUUGUCAAGCAUAGGAUGAAUGGGCUGAGAAAAGGGAUCAAUUAAUUUGGUGAGAUCAAUUACCAAUGAGUCAGUGGUGUGAACUUGAAUUGUCACUGUCAGCAAUAAAUAUAUUAUUGUACUGAAGAUAAUAAAUCCAAUGAUAUACAUGUACAUGUAAAUACAGAA